UCCCAUUUCAACCCCCCCGACACCUUCUUCGCGCGCCGCUUGCGCAUCCACCCGCUCUGCUCCUCGACGUCAACGGCUCGAGAGCGCCGGCGGCCAUGGCGGCUCUUCUCCGUCGCGCUUCCCAGUCGCAGAGCCGCGGCUCUCUCGUCGUCACGCUCCGAAGAAGCUUCGCGGCUGGCUUCUCUCCCCAAGUAAGAUCGGUUGUUAGUUCCUCUGGAGCAACCGGUGGGUUUGAUGAGAUGGUCGCGGCGAAUGAUCGGAAGUAUUACAUGGUGGGUGGGAAAGGAGGUGUUGGGAAAACAAGUUGCGCCGCUUCCCUUGCCGUGAAGUUUGCUAACCACGGCCACCCUACCAUAGUGGUCUCGACCGACCCUGCUCAUUCAUUAAGCGAUUCGUUUGCGCAGGAUUUGACUGGAGGGGUGCUUAUUCCUGUGGAAGGCGUCGAUUCUCCAUUAUAUGCCUUGGAGAUAAACCCUGAGAAGUCCAGGGAAGAGUUCCGCACAGCAAGUCAGAAAAAUAGUGGCGGUGGCAUCAAAGAUCUAAUGGAGAGCAUGGGUCUCGGUGCAAUGGUUGAUCAGUUAGGGGACCUAAAACUAGAUGAGUUGUUGGACACUCCUCCACCUGGGUUGGACGAAGCUAUCUCAAUCUCUAAGGUUAUGCAGUUUGUUGAAUCCCCAGAGUACAGUAAUUUCACCCGUGUUGUCUUUGACACAGCGCCCACAGGCCAUACUCUCCGUUUGCUGUCCCUGCCUGAUUUCCUGGAUGCAUCCCUUGGCAAAAUGAUGAAGCUAAAGAAGAAGUUAGCUUCUGCAACUGCAGCGAUCAAAUCUGUUUUUGGAAAACAAGAAGAGCAGAAGGAUGUUUCUGACAAACUUGACCAACUGAGGGAGAGGAUGAGAACAGUCCGAGACCUUUUUCGUGACUCAGACAUGAUGGAGUUCAUCAUAGUGACAAUUCCUGCGGUUAUGGCGAUAAGUGAAUCAUCGAGAUUGUGUGCGUCCCUGAGGAAGGAAAGUGUUCCUGUUCAGAGGCUCAUUGUUAAUCAGGUUCUUCCUCAAUCGGUAUCGGAGUGCAGGUUUUGCUCUGUGAGGAGGAAGGAUCAGUUGCGCGCCCUUGAUAUGAUCAAAACAGAUCCCGAGCUUGCAAGAUUAAGUGUGGUGGAGGCACCCUUAUUUGAUGCAGAAAUAAGGGGCGUUCCGGCUCUUAAAUUCAUGGGGAAUAUGAUUUGGAAAUGAAACUCCGAUCCCUGCACAUUUCUUGAUUGUCUCCAAGGGCGAUCACAUUCGGCAGCACGUCAUCUUGUUUCAGGAGACGGCAAAGUUUUCUCCCCUUCACAAACAACCCACGGUCGCGUCUUGAGCCGCAUAACUUGCGAAUCUCUUUUUCACACAACUUUUAGUUUUUGAUUAUCAGGACCACAACUAACUUAAAGAUACAUGAUGCUUGUCGGCACAAAUCCAGCUGAUGUUUGUCAGGAGGCUCAAAAGCACGGAUUAGUUUCGUACUUAAAGUUAACUGGAGGGUUUUUUUUCUCUUUGCGGAACCAACUUAUGAAGGAGAAAAUGGAGCGGUUGGAACAAUGCUGCGGCUUAUCAACUACUUCUUACUCUGGUAUAAAGCAACUAUACCCUGGUUUAUCUACUAGAUUCAGACUUACUGCAUCGAAUGCGUUUGUCUCUAGAAUUGACCUAUCGUGUCAAUUUGUUUCGGAAUAGAAGUGGUGGAAGUUGUGAUGUAGAAAUGCAUAAUGUUCGAAUUUCGACAUUCUUGUGGUGUCGUUUUGUUUUGGAGUCUUCUGAAACUGCUAAGUUGACCGAUCUUCCACUGCUCCCAAGUCCCCAAUUCAUGUGGAAAGGUCAAGACGGUGGACGCAAUCAAUGAAAUGGAGUCUCGGAUCGGAAAAAAUGUGAACGGGCUAGAAGCAUUGACAGUGCUAUGGCUUCCCAUUAGAAGUGAUCCCCAGCCGCUGGGCCCGAGACAUUUCGACCCGUUCCAAAAA